AUGGCUGGUGACGCUCCAAAUACUAACCCAUUAUCAAUGAACCUCUUCCUUAAGUACGGUAUGGCUGGUGCUUUAGGUUGUUCAAUCACCCACAGUGCCGUCGUUCCAUUAGAUGUCGUCAAGACUCGUCUCCAAACCAACCCAGGUAAAUAUGGUGGUAUGGUCAGUGGUUUCAAAACUAUCAUCAAAGAAGAAGGUGCUGGUAUGUUAUUACAAGGUUUAGGUCCAACUGCUGUUGGUUAUGCUUUACAAGGUUUCUUCAAAUUCGGUUUCUAUGAAGUCUUCAAGAAAACUUACGGUGACUUUGUUGGUGCUGAAAACGCCGCUACCUACCGUAUGGGUAUCUGGUUAGCUGCCUCAGCCACUGCUGAAACUAUUGCUGAUAUUGCUUUAUGUCCAAAUGAAGCUUGCAGAAUUCGUUUAGUUGCUGAACCAGCUUUCGCUAAAUCACCAGUUGAAGCUUUCGGUAAAAUCUUAAAACAAGAAGGUAUCAUGGGUUUAUACAAAGGUUUACCACCAAUUUUAUUAAAACAAGUUCCAUACACCAUGGCUAAAUUUGCUGUCUACGAAUUUACAGCUGAAAGUGUUUACAAACAAUUAGAAAAAUCAGGUUUAUCAAAAGACAAGAUGACUGAUGGUCAAAAAUUAUCAGUUUCAUUAGGUUCAGGUGUUGUUUCUGGUGUUGUUGCUGCUAUUGUUUCACAACCAGCUGAUACCAUUUUAUCAAAGAUCAAUCAAGAAAAAACUGACGGUGGUAUUUCAAAAGCUAUUGGUAACAUCAUUAGACGUUUAGGUUUCUCAGGUUUAUUCUUAGGUGUUGGUACUCGUUGUUUCAUGGUUGGUACCCUUACUGCUGGUCAAUUCUUCAUCUAUGAUGGUAUCAAACAAAUGUUAGGUAUCACUGCUGCCAAAAAAUAA